AUGCUUUAUUUGCUCAUCUACGUUGUUGUGUCUCUCAAUAGUUCCACUGAUGAGUAUGCUCUUCUAGCCUUCAAAUCUCAAAUUUCUGAUCCAAAUAAAAUUUUGGCCAACAAUUGGUCACAAGAAACCUCUUUCUGUGAUUGGAUUGGUAUUACUUGCGGUAGGAGACAUCGAAGAGUUAGAGGCUUACGUUUAACAAAUAUGGGCAUGCGAGGUACUAUUGCAAAAGAGAUCGGUGAACUCUCCUUUUUGAGAUCCUUGAUUAUUAGUAACAACAAUUUCCAAGGAUUUAUCCCUGUUGAAGUGGGUAAUUUGAACCAACUUCGAGAAAUAGAGAUGCAGUACGAUGAGUUAAAUGGUUCUAUUCCAUUAAGUUUUGGAUUUCUUGUAAAUCUACAGAAGUUAAAUAUCUCCGGUAACAUACUCAGUGGCGAUAUUCCUAACAAGAUUUUCAAUGUCUUGAAACAACUUAGUGGACAAAGCCCUGUUUUCUGCAAGGGUAUUCUCGAAUUUUUGAAAAUUGUUUACUUUGUAUUGGUAGUUUGGUAUUAUGCUAUUAGCCAGACAGAUAAUGUAUGUUUUGAUGUUAUUGUUUGA